AUCCACACCUCCACAACAUGCCACCAAUCCCUUCGACGCUCGACCAAGAUGCUCUAGAUGUCAUGUCUUCUUCGGAAAGGCUUGAGCGCGACAUCUUAGAAUUCCAAAUCCCAAGGCUUCGGGAUUUCAAGGGAACGCUUUCUUCUCAACAACAACUCGCGACUGAAAUUCGCGAAGACAUCGAAAAGUUCUCUCGACAGGUAGAGGAAUUAGAGCUGUUUGUCGACGAUCAACGGGGCGAGAAGAAUCGUCAGGAGUUGAGACGGAUCGUCGAGGAGAAGCGAGAACAAUUGAACAGACUGCGAAGAGAAUACAGAACCACAUUGUUAGUUUCCAAGCGUACAAUCGAUUCAAUGAGUUUGUCGAAUCGGGAAGAACUCCUACGGUCAUCGGCUGUUUCACAGCGGACCAAAGCAAGUGGAAAUGCGAGCGAAAAUGCCCUCAUGGAUGCCAACAAUAAGGUCACCGAAAGCUUACGUCGAGUAGUUGGGGUGAUGCAGGGUGAACUGGAGCGGUCCGUAUUAUCGGUGCAGAUGUUGGAGUCAUCCACAAAAACCCUUCAAGCCACGUCAACAGCCCACGAUACACUCACGUUUACAAUGGACACCUCCAAAACUCUCAUCAAUGCACUCGUCAAGGCGGAUUGGCAAGACCGUGCUUUAAUCAUUGCUGGUUUCGUGUUGUUCCUAGCUGUGGUGCUUUUCAUCGUGAAAGAACGAUUAGUGGAUAGAGGGCUGAGAAUUGCAUUCUGGUGGACAAGGUUUAUACCUUCCUUUAGAGAGGACGAGGAGUUACUCAAGGCUGCAAUGAAAGAGGCUGCGGCGGUCACCGCAUCCACAGUCUCAAUAGUUUCCAGUCUUACCGGAACCACAUCCUCGAGCUUACCGCCGAUGACCAUGUCGUUGAAGGCCAGCUCUCAUCCUACGCAUAGUGAUCCUUCAGAGGCAACAUUAUCGGAGGUUCUUAAUACUGUGUUGGCUUCGGGAUCAAGCUCGUCGAUAGCGGAAGCCAGUACAAGUACUGAAGAGACUCACCCAGCUCCAGGCGGUGAACCAACGCAUCAGGAGUUGUAG